CUUCAGUGAGAUCUCUGACAGCUAGAGUAGUACCUUUGGUACGUGUAAUAUCGGGCUGUUCCUUUGCAUCCUGCAAGAGACACGUGAACAUGUCUACACACAAGAAGAAGACGAGGAAGCUGAGAGGUCAUGUGAGUCACGGACAUGGACGAAUAGGAAAGCACAGGAAACAUCCUGGUGGAAGAGGUAAUGCUGGUGGUAUGCAUCACCAUCGCAUCAAUUUUGACAAGUAUCACCCUGGCUACUUUGGUAAGCUUGGUAUGCGCAACUACCACUUGAGACGCAAUACGAAGUGGUGUCCCACAAUCAACCUUGACAAAUUAUGGACCCUUGUCACGGAACAGACAAGGCAAAAGUAUAAGGACAAUACUGAGGGGAAAGCACCAGUAAUUGAUGUUGUGAAAGCUGGUUACUACAAAGUAUUGGGUAAGGGUCGCCUACCGAAACAGCCUGUGAUCGUGAAAGCGAAAUUCUUCUCCAAACAGGCUGAGGAUAAAAUAAAAGAAAUCGGUGGCUGUUGUGUUCUUACUGCGUAAUGCAGAUGUGGUGUAAGAAAGUUUUUUCUUAAUAAAUAUAUCAACCAUCUCCAG